AAACAAGUUCUCUGCGAAUUCAGUGCCCGUUUGGAUCUUGACACUUGCGAUUGAUUCGACUUUUGAGGCGUUCCUCGAUAAGUGAAGUGAAAUAAAAAUAAUUAUUUAAAAAUAUUUUGUUAUAAAAUAUGACCGAAAAACACUGUUGUCAUGGCCCUGGAUAUCCAACUCCAUUGGAUGCUAUGAAAACUGGACCUCGCGAGAAGUUAUUGUAUACCGUAACUGUGCAACCGAACAAAGAAGAGCCACAUGGUGAUUAUCUAUCAACAGUUGAUGUUGAUCCUGAAAGUCCCACAUAUUGCCAGGUAAUACAUCGAACGUUUACUAAUCGCACUGGAAACGAACUACAUCACUCCGGUUGGAACGCUUGUUCGAGCUGCUACUAUGUUGACAAGAAUGCCAAAAAGAUACCAAAGCGAGACAAGUUAGUUUUACCGGCAAUAAAUUCAGACUUUGUUUAUGUUGUGGAUGUUGUGACAGAUCCUCGUAAGCCAGAAAUUUGCAAGGUCAUCGAUGGCAGCGUAGUUAAAGCCCAAAAUGUAACAGCUCUGCACACUACACACUGCCUAGCGGAUGGCAAUAUAAUGAUAUCCACUCUGGGUGAUGCUGAUGGCUAUGCUAAAGGUGAUUUCAUUAUUUUUGAUUCUGAAUUCAAUUGCAAGGGAACCUGGACUAAAGGCAAUAAAAAAGCACUUUGCGGCUAUGAUUUUUGGUAUCAGCCUUAUUAUGAUGUAAUGGUCGCCUCUGAAUGGGGCGCACCCAACAAAUUUAGACGUGGCUGGCAAAAUGAGGAUCUAGAUGAUCUCACUCAAUACGGUUGCCGUAUACAUUUCUAUAAAUGGUCAACUCGUACUUUAUACCAAACUAUAGAUCUUGGUUUGGAGGGAUUUACACCAUUGGAAAUACGUUUUAUGCACGACCCAAAGCGCCCAGAUGGUUACGUUGGUUGCGCAUUAUUCGCUAAUGUUUAUUAUUUCAAAAAGAAACCAGACUCUGAUGAAUUUGAAUGUAAGAAAGUUAUUGACAUACCUAGUAAAUUGGUGGAUACUGGCGAUGGUAUUGCAACACCAAUGGGAGGUAUGAUUUCGGAUAUUAUCAUAUCGCUAGAUGACAAAUAUUUGUAUGUAAAUUGUUGGCGUCAUGGUGAUUUACGUCAGUAUGAUAUAACUGAUCCAGAAAAUCCGAAACUUACUGGCCAAAUAUUUUUGGGUGGUGCCAUUUGCAGUGACUUGACGGAAGUCAAAGUCAUCGAAGAUGAAGAGCUAAAUGAACGCCCACCACCUUGUUAUUUGAAGGGACAUCGUUUAGAGGGUGGACCGCAAAUGAUGCAAUUGUCUUUGGAUGGUAAAAGGCUAUAUGUAUCCAGUUCACUAUAUUCACCGUGGGAUAAAAUUUUCUAUCCCAAAAUGGUUGAAAAGGGUGGUCAUAUCUGUCAAAUUGAUAUUGAUGUCGAGAACGGAGGUAUGAAGUUGAAUGAAGAUUUUUUUGUUCAAUUCGGUAAUGAACCAUUUGGACCAACAUUGCCACAUGAAAUGCGUUAUCCUGGUGGCGACUGCACAUCUGAUAUUUGGCUUGUAAACGAUGAUAAGUGAACAGUUUAAUUAAUUCUUAAAAAAAUAUAUUUCUUUUAAUGCGAAACACAGUUUGAAUGCUUGAUUAUGUUAAUACAGAGCACAUAGAUGUUAUACACGUAUAAAAUAUUUUGAACGGACACUAUAGAAAAAAUAAAAAUACUGCAAAAUAAAUUUUAUCUUAUU